AUGCCCUUCGCCCUCAAUACCGCCUCCACUCACCCUCCACCAUCCUACCCUUUGCCCAACACGCCUCAUGUUCAGCCAAUACCAAUUUCUUACCCCCGACGCCCGCCCAUCUCUCACCACCCUCCAAAGUCCGCAUCGCCCUCCCUUGACCCCGUCAUGGAGUCAGGCGCGCACGAAGAGGGCACACAGGUGCGCCGGCGGCGGACGCUGCCUUCUGUGCGCUCGCCGAGCCUUAGAGCGUCAGCAUCAGGGAGCAUAGCGAGUGUCGCGAGGGGCGAUUCCUUGAGGAGGGGAGAAGGUGACGCGGCGACGAAGGAGGGUGAGAGCACGCUCAAGCGCGAAGGCUCUCAGAAGCGCGAGCGCGAGCCGGACAGCGGGACGCAAUCGGACCGCGAGGAGCGGCGCGUGCUGCGGAAGCAGCGACGGCCAUCGACGGCGAAUAUCAAGUCAUAG